AACAGUCCAAAUCGUAAGGUGAAGCUGUAAGCGGGAGAUCACCGGUGGAGCCAACUUCCCACAAUCCACGGGUGACCUCACCGUCUACCGAGAACGGGUGUUUACACUCUUUACACCAUGUCAGUCCAAGGUCCGGGGAUAGCAGACCUGGAAAAAGAACUAGUCUGCUCAAUCUGCACCGAACUCCUCUACCAACCCCUAACCCUCCUGGACUGCCUCCACACCUUCUGCGGCUCCUGCGUGAAAGAAUGGUUCAAUGCCCAAGCCUCGCGACGGCCCUCCCCGAGGUUCACCUGUCCCUCAUGCCGCGCCGAAGUCCGCGGAACUCGCCCAAAUGCCACGGUGACAACACUCCUCGAUAUGGUGCUGGGCGCCCACCCCGAUCGCGCUAGAUCGACAGAGGAAAAAGCGGAAAUCGCCCAGCGGUAUACACACGGCGAGUCGGUGUUUCCUGCGGUGCCUUCGGGCGGCGAGAGUGCGGAGGAGGAUGACGAGGACGAUAACCGCAUGUUGCAAGAAGUGCGGGAGCUAAGUCUCCGGGAAAGUCGGGCGCAAGCUAGACGGGAGACUCGGCGGACUGCGGGACAUUCGUCGCGGACGAGGGAGAGAAGUGGACAUACCGAGAGACAUGAGGAUGGGCGGUCGAGACGACGGCGGGAGGACGAUGCCCGACAGCGCACGUUACGGCCUGGAGAUUCCGAGCGGACGCGUCGUAUCGAGCACCAGUCUAGUCUGCGGUCACUGCUGAGUCUGUCGUCGGAUGCAGAGACAAUGGAGGAGGAGAUCUUACGGCAGAUUCUUGAAGAGGGCUUGCUGGAUGAUAUCGAUCUUGAUAAUCUCGGACCUAGACAAGAGGAGGAGCUGAGUGAGCGCAUUGCCGAUGCGUACCGCCGGAGACAUAUGCAGCGAUCUGGCUCGAGACAGAGACAGGAGCGGAGACCGUCGCCCGAGGGGAGUGCACGAACACGGACGACGUCACAGUCGGCCCAGAGAGCGGAGGCAGAGCCUGCUCCGUCAUCUCGUGAACAUGGUGACAGACGACCACCGAUAUCUCGACCACAUUUGUUUGACUCGGCUCCGUCGCGACCGAGUAUCUCAAGUCAUCAAAGGCGCAAUUCGGAGGUGGCUGGGCGCCGACGGACUUCACCUGUUCGGUCGAACCAGGCGUCUGCAUCGGAUGAGGCUAUACGGCCUGCUGUUCGGGCUUCGAGUGACAUGACCGCGGAUCGGGUUCUUGGUUCGCAGAUUGCGAGGUUGAGGUCUGAAUCAUCUUCGGCUAGGACGCGGCGUGCUACUGAGUCGGAAAAUGUCUCUGGGGCAUGGAUGACUGCAGGACGAGACCGAAGCUCUUCCAGGCAGGUUUCUAGUCAGUUUGCUACCAAUUCUCCGACUGUAGCCACGCCGGCAGACCACACCACUCAAUCGUUGUCAUCUCCACUCGUUCCUCUUAGAUCUGAGAGGAGAUCCAGGCCUUCUUCGUCCAGGUCUAACGUCCCGACAGCGCCCAAUGUACAAUAUCCUGAACCGUCUAUUUCAUGUGACGGAUGUGGAAAAAGCGAUAUCCAAUACACCCUUCACAAGAGAUGCACACAGUGUGAAGGUGGAAACUUCCACCUAUGCCUGCGCUGCUACCGCGAAGGACGGGGUUGUCUUCGAUGGGACGGGUUUGGUGCAUCUGCGCACACAACCUUCCAAAAAAUAUUAUCGUCCUCCACUCGACGCCCAGUCCAGAUUCCCGACAGCGGUCAUGUGCUAGUCUGGUUCAAAUAUCAACGCCCUUCAGAGACAACCCAGCAAACAAUCAGCGGAGAGAGAAUCCUGACCAGCGACAAUCCCGCCAGCCGCCUGCAAAGCGGCCUCUUCUGCGAUACGUGCCAAUUGCCGGCAAAUGACUGCUUCUGGAAAUGCAGCAAAUGUAACGAGGGAGACUGGGGCUUCUGCAACAGCUGCGUGAACCAAGGAAGAUGUUGUACUCACGCACUACUUCCCAUCCGACGCAUUACCCACAACCCGCCCCCAUCAACAUCAUCCAUGGCUGCAUCAGAAGCAAACCCAAAUCCACAACCCUCUGAAAUAGAGAGCUACAAGAUCCUCUCCUUCUCAACAAACUGCGACAUCUGCACAUACCCCAUCCCAGCCUCGAACACCCGAUUCCACUGCCUAGAAUGCAACCGCGGUGACUACGACGUCUGCACAAACUGCUACCUGAAACUCGUAGCCACUGGCAAGAUAAACAAAGAAAACGGCCACAACGGCUGGCGCCGCUGCUUAAGCAGCCACCGAAUGAUAAUCGUCGGCUUCGAAGACCGCGAAGAAGGCCAACGCCGCGUGAUCGUCCGCGAUCUAGUCGGCGGCCGCGCCCUAAAAGACGAGCAUGUCAUCCAAACUCACUCCCAAUCCCAGUCCCAAUCACCAACCUCAUCUCCAGCCACGGGCGGCCCGGUCGCAUCCCCAGAACUGGGCAUAGGAGACUGGAGUUGGAAAGACGGACCAGAGCGCAGAAAGAAAGCCUCACGACUCCGAGCCGGUCCUCCAUCCUCUAUCCCCGGAACCAAUGUCUCAGCAUCCGACCUCUCAACCACAGCUUCCUCAAGUCCAAUCCAGAAUAUCCCACCUUUCCGUCGUUUCCCACCGGAUGGCGGUGUAGGCCUCAUCGUCCAUGCUUUGUGGGCUUUCUACCCUGAAGAUGACGUCGAAGACGAGCUUGUUUUCCCCCGUGGUGCGGAUAUUACUGAGGCAGAGAAUAUUAACGAUGAUUGGUUUUGGGGGUGUUACGCUGGUCGGACGGGUCUGUUUCCCGGCUCGCACGUUGAGGUAGUGCGUGAGGUUAAGUAG